UCAAAACAGCCAAACUAUUGAAAUAAUCUUAAGUUUAUCUUGUAAGAAUUAUGUUCAACAAUUUUUUAGUUGCUUGAAAUCUGACAUAAGUAUUUAAUGUUUUGUUUGUAUGGACAAUAUUUCUGUGGUACUGGAAAACAUUAAAUAUUGAAGUUAUAAUUAAAUUGAGGACAUACAGGAUUAAUUUUUCUUUAACUUAAACAAUAUUCAAGAUGGCGACCUUUUCUCAGUCAACUGUGGAUAAAGGAUCUGAUUCAUUUACAGACUUUUGUUGUUCAUCGUGUCUAGAGCACAAAAUUGACCAGUGGGCAGACUUUUACUGUAAUAACUGUCAAAAAUUUUAUUGUGCAAAAUGUUUAAAACCCCAUGGUCAGUUGUUUGGAAAACAUGUGACAUAUGGAAGGGGAGACACAAGUAAGUGGCCAGUGUUAAAGGAAGUGGAGGAUUUCCUUCAGAAAUGUGACCUUCAUGAAGACAAACGUUUAGAAAUGUUCUGCAAUGACCACAGUCAGCUGUGCUGCACUAAUUGUGCUUUCCUCAAUCACAGACAAUGUGCUAAAGUAACCCUGAUAUCUGAGUCAGUCAAAGGACCUCCACCAGAUUUGCAGCAAGUAUCAAGAAAGAUCCAAACUAUUCUGGAGACUCUGAAGAAACUGGAAAACGAUUGGAACACCAACAUGCAGUCUUUUCAGGUCUUAUACAGCAAACAAUUAGAUGAAAUACGUCAAACACGCCAGAAAAUAAAUACAACUUUAGACAAGAUUGAAAAGAACACCAUAAAAGAGCUAGAUGAUAAGAUGACCACUCUGAAAGCUUCUCUCAAGACUGAUUUGGACAAUUGCAGCAAGCUUAAAAAUGAACUAAAACAACUCAGUGGUGCCAUUCAUGAUAUUGUUGAUAAGGGCAAAGCAGAACUUGCAUUUAUUGCAAGUAAGAAAAGUCUGGAAAAAAUUAUGCAGUCUGAAACUUAUCUGAAGGUGAAUGCAGUUCAGGCAGAAAGGUUAGUGACAUUCCAGGCUGACACUCAUAUUGAACAGUUUGUCUCUACACUGUCAGGCCUGGGGAAGAUUGUGCUAGGUGACCAAGAUCAGGUAUUCACUGUGCAAGGAAAGUCAGAGUAUAAUGUGGUAAUACCAAGUGAUUCGUUUUUCUGUGAUAUCACUGCCAUCUGUGUUCUCUCCAGUAAUCAGAUCCUUGUAGCAGAUCAUUAUAAUAAAUGUGUUAGGCUACUAGAUCAGCAAUACAAGGUGGUGGCACACUGUGAUUUAAAUGCUGAUCCAAAUGACAUGUGUCAAAUCACACCAAGUGAAGUAGCUGUUACUGUCAAUAAGUACGAGACACAUGCGGUCCAGUUUGUCUCAGUGAAUGGUGGGCACCUGGUUAUGGGCAGAAAGCUACAGUUUCAACAUGAAUGCUAUGGUAUUGCUCAUUAUCAGAAGGACCUGUAUCUCACCUCUGGCAACGCACUUUACAAGUAUUCUAUGAGAGGAGACUUUAUAAAAAAACUGUAUGAGGAUACAUCAGGCAAAUUGACAGUAUGGAAGUGUGCAGUGAAUCCAACAGGUGACAAGAUAUUUGUCACCAACCUUGACCAUCACAAGGUCCUCACCCUGGCCAGAGAUGGUACAGUACUCUUUACCUUUACAGACCCAGACCUAAAAUGGCCAUGUGGUAUUCAUGUGACAGCUCAGGGACAGGUGCUGGUUUGUGGAGGGACAUCCAACAAUCUCAUGCAGCUGGAUGGUGAAGGCAGGAAGAAGCUGGCAACUCUUGCUACCAAUAGGGAUGGACUUAGUUACCCAAGGUCAAUCUGCUACAACAGAGGCACAGCCUCAAUCAUUGUGGGUGGCACCAAAAUCAUAGUUUUUAACGUACAAUAGUUUUGUUUCACUAGUUUCAUUACCAAACAUUUUGGAAUGUGUGUAUGAAUUCAUGGGGACACUAAACACAUCACAUAACUCAUAUGGAUGAUGUAUUAUGUUGCUACGGAUUGUUAUACCCCCACAAACGAAGUUUAGGGGGGUAUAAAGGAGUGAGCUUGUCUGUCUGUCGGUCGGUCCGUAUUAAGUGUCCGCUCUCUAAUUCAAGUUGUUUUUAUCCGAUCUUCACCAAACUUGGUGAAAUUUUGUAUCUAGAUGAUGUCUAGGUCAGGUUCGAAUAGGGCUGUCACGAUUCACCGGUAUACCGGUAUAUCGCGGUGCAUGUCGUGAAAAAAAUCGCACCGCGGUACGGCGUUGCCGCACCGGUUUUUUUAAAUAUUAUAUUAGGACAUAUAUAAAUACAUUACAUAAUUAUUUUGAUAUAGAUAUCGUUUUUAAAACUGUAGAAGCGAUUCAAAAGGGCUAAAUAAAUAAUCCGUUAAUAUCCUUGUCAAGCAAGCGCUUCCACUGGUAGAUGUUUAACUUUCACGUUUAAAAUACGGCGAUGUAUGGGUCCGUACCUUUUUUUGGAUUUGGGUUAGAUUUCCUUUGCAAAUAAGUUCAUAAUUAUCCAAAAGAUGUUUACUCUAUUUCUUAUUUUCUUUCUUUAGAAUAUCGAUCGUUCAAAGCAUGGCACUUCCAAAUCAUGUUAUCUUAAGAUUAUGAAUAAGUCCAGGAAGAGUCAGAACGCUACGGAGUUUCAAUACUGGGCCUGCUGACUCCGCAUUUUAAACAUGCCCUUGAAGCGUUCGAUUUACACAGGUCGUAGUCACAAAUAUUGUAAACCACAUGGCGGACAUUUUAGAAAAAACGCGAAUAACAAUAACAAUAACAAUGACUACUUCUAUCAAGUUUAUUACAGUUUCUUUUACA